CAUCUCACGCUUGGUAUGGAAUUACAAUUGGAAAAAUACAUAUAUAUGAAUCUAACAAAUUCGCUGAAUUUCAUGACUUCUCUCAUUUAGAAUAAUUGUUUAAUCCUUGCUCUAGCUUUUUCUCUUUUGUAUAAUUGUCUACUCUUAAUUCAAUUUUCUCCUAUAGAUUUUAAUAAAUGAAAAGAAUAAUUUAUUGAAGCUCUCAAUCGCAUGGAGUUCACAACAAAAGUUUGACUCGACUGGAGUGCAGACUUCCUAGUUACUUUUGAGUUUAUAAUAAUAAUUAUUGUUAUCUUUAUAUCAUCAAAAAUAAUAAUAUGAUAAUAAUCUUUAAGUCAUUAUUAAAUAGUGGAUAAAGAAGUAGCAUAUUGGGCUAUAGAAAUUUUCAUUGUUAAAUAGUGGAUCAAGAAGUAGCAUAUUGGGCUGUAGAAAUAUCUGAAAAGCCGAGAUUGGGAUCAAAAUCUAAUGAAAUUUAAUCAGCCCAAUUUAAACCAGUAGUUUGAUUGUCUGCUAAAAAUAAAAUUCUUCUGCACAAAAAGAGGACAUGGAAGGAGGCAAAGAAACCGAAUUACAAGAAACAGGAGGAAACAAUUGUUCUUUUGUAUGGGAUGAUUCAACACAGCUCUACUUCCACGCCAGCAGUGGAUUUUAUCAUGACCCUAGUGCUGGUUGGUAUUUUAGUAGUAGAGAUGGACUUUAUUACAAGUUUGAGAAUGGAAGUUACGUACUCCUAGAAUAUAGUAAGGUUAAUGUGUGUGAAUCAGAUAGUUGCCCAGAAACUGCUUCUGAUAAUCAUGUUCAAGAGGAGUCAUCUACACAGCUCUGUUGCAAUAGGGAGGAGAAUAUUUCUUCACGGCCAGCAGAUCUAUCUGAUGUUUACCCAUGCAGCGGGAUUGUUCCUGUUGCAAGUACUCCUGAAUGUAGUCCCAACCAAGAAGCUGAAAUUCCACCUCCACCAUCAGAGUGGUUAGAAGAAACCCUUAUCAAUCUUUAUCUGUCUGGAUAUAAACAAAGUGUUGAUGAUGCUGAUGUUUCAAAAAUGUCUUCAGAUGUUGAUGGUGCAUCACACGAUGAUACUCAGAUGUUGGAAGAUGGUGAUUGGAUGUCAGAACACCAUCCUACCUUAACAAGUGGAUGUGAAAGUAUCAGCAAUGAAGAUGCUUGUAAGGAUGAAGAAAAUUGGCAAGCUCAGUAUGGCCAAGUAGUUUAUUCUGGGGAACAGCCACUGGAAGAUUUCCAUGCUGUGGAUUUGUGGGACUGGGCAAUGGUCACAGGUUCCAGAAAAGAUGGAAAAGAUCACACAACCAGACUCGUUGGACGGCUGGUGAAAAGAUCUGCUAAGCUUCAUCCAUCUAUGCCUUCUAGUGGACUUUUCAGAACUGCUCCUAUAUGUGAAGCACAUCUUGAUCUGGUACGAGUUAGAACAGGUCUAGUAUAUAAGUUGCAUACUCCAAGUGCUAGAUACUUGGCUUCCUUAUCUAGUUAUGAUUCUUCCAACCCAACAAUAGACUGGGGUUUCCCAGAAUUAUCAACAAAUGGUCAAGCUAUUUCCACAACCAAAUUUUAUGGGAAGAGAGAACCAAAAUUGGCUGAUGAAGACAAUGAGAAGGGCUGGUCUAUGUUAACCAAUCAACUCUCUAGAACCAAAAAGCAAAGAAUCUAUGAAUAUAGAGAUAGAGCUGCCGAGAGAAGGACCUUGCACGGCAGUUUUGGUGUGGGUCCCGGAGAAAAGAGUUCAUUAGUUGAGGAUGUAUUUGGCACGUCUCCUGUUUCCACUUCUACAGAGGAGGCUGCAGCUAAAGCCUUGAACAUGUCACUUGGAGCUGGUAGUUAUGCGAGAAAAAUACUUGAAAAUAUGGGCUGGAAGGAGGGGGAGGCAUUAGGCAAGACAAGAAAGGGCCUGAUCAUACCUAUACAAGCAGUCGGAAACAUGGGGAGCGCUGGGCUAGGAUGGUCUCAAGGUAGAAUGAGUAAAUGAAGAAACACUGGUUCACUUUCUGAUCCCAAAAAUUAUCAGUUAAUGGAUAUUUUGUUUCUUUUAUUUGUAAUUAUGUUUUAGUUUUGCUCAUGAAAGUUGUAUAAGAGUACUUGUGUAUGUUUUUAUAUCUGUAUUUGAAAAACGAAGUGCAAGGAAGAUCUUAAUCGGAAGAAAUAUUAAUUUUUAAGCCUUGAA